UUCUGUAUUUCUUAUUGUUACUACUGCUAUUUAUCUUGCACUGGAGAGGUGAUGCUACCUCUAAUCUCGCAGUACCCAGGUACACCCAGGUACAUUGAUAAUAAAGUAUUCUGAUUCUGAUUCUGAUUCAUGAUUAACUUCCCUUUUCCUUUUGAACCAAGGAAAACGAACGGUGAUAUCCCAAGGGGCCAAAGACAUCCUCAAGGGGUACUACGAGAAGGGAAUGAACCAUGUUGGCUCACCCCUGAUCAGUGAGGCCUCAACCAAAUUGCUGUUAAGCAAAAAUAUCAUAGAGAAUUGGAUCGGAAAUUACAGAAGGACCCUCCACUCCACCCAGUCAUCAUAUUCUCAAAAGCCAAAACUGCUGGUUCGAGAGUUGUCCGGAUACAACCUCUUCUGCAGAAACAUGAUGAAAAAGACCAGGGGUGAAAUUAAAGACCUGAGUGCCUGGUCCCGCUUGCCUGCAGAAGAGAAGGCACUCUAUAAUGAAGAGGCAGCUGCUCUUAAAGCUGAAAGAAGUGCAGAAGCCCUCAGUCCGGAGAUGAGGGAACUAAAGAUCUCAAGACAUCUCAAUCAAAUCAAGAAAGAGGUGACCAUGUUGGAGACGCUAGGGGUGGAAGUGGUCACCUUGGCGUUCAACCGCUUCAGCAUGGACCCAAACGUUAAAGUUCAGCAUAUUGCAAGCAGGAAGGCGGAAGCCUUUCUUAAUGAUGCCUCGAUCAGAGCAUUUGGGAUUUUCUUAGCUGACACGUCAUCUGCAGCCACUGCAGGAUCAUCUACAGAAAAAGAAAAAAAAGACUUGAUGAAGAAGGUGCAAGAACUCUUCAACAUGAAAUAUAACGAGGCAGGUGGGACUGGGAAACUUCCCUACAAGAAGGCGAUCGUGCAGGCUACUGGUCUUCCCCAAGGAAUGACAUUGCGAAAGCCCAACUUUUAUGGGAAAGACCAGCUCAAGGCAAUCCUGGAAAAUGCACACCAGAUUUCGCUUCAAAUAAGUAGGUAGUUUUUAUACGACAUUGUGAAGUAAACUCAUGACUUGCGUAUUAGCAUACUGUUUUGU